AUGCAUCGCUCGCAACACAUUGAGCUCGCCCAAGGCAGCGAUGCCGACUCAGAUUCAGACACUGAUACGACAGCCACUCCAUUUGAUGCAUUUGUGCCGCUGGAGAAAGCACCUGCCCACAAUGGCGCUAUGAAGGUGGUUACACUUCGGGCUAUCCUGUUGGGUAGCCUCUGUGGCGCCUUGGUCAACGCUUCCAACAUCUACCUCGGCCUCAGGGCAGGAUGGACGUCGUCGGCGAAUAUGAUCGGUGCCAUGGUCGGCUUUGCAGUCCUGAAGAGAUACGCAGCCGGAUCGAAACAGCCUUUUGGCCCUCAUGAAAACAACAUAGUGCAGACCGUUGCCACGGCCUCGGGCGGCAUGUCGAAUGUCUUCAUUUCUGGCAUUCCGGCCCUGUAUCAGCUCGGGCUGCUACGUACGCCAGUGCAGGAUUUCUUCCGUAUCGUGUCGCUCGUCGCCGUCGGCGGGUACUUUGGUCUCCUUACCAUAGCCCCACUGCGCAAGCUUUUUAUCGAGGAUGUUGCCCGGGAUCUCGAUCUCGUUUUCCCUUCCUCCAUGGCAACGGCUAUGAGUAUUCAUAGCAUGCACUCGGCCGCUGACGGGGAAGAGGCAGCCCGCCCAAAGCUGAAAGCAACCAUAUAUGCUUUUGGGGCGGCCAUGGUCCUCAGGGUCGUCUCUCAGUACGCGCCGGGCCUCCUUUGGGAGUGGCAUGCGUUUACCUGGCUCGCGAACGCAAACAUUGCCCGCAAUCUGGCCAUUGCUGCAGAGAGCUGGGGAUGGGUUAUCGAGCUGUCCCCAGCGAUGAUGGGCAUAGGCAUGUUAGUUGACUUUAAAGUAGCCUGCUCGUUCUUUGCUGGGUCAGUGACGGCAUGGGGGCUCCUAGGGCCGUAUCUUGUGGAACAUGGCAUUGCAUUUGGACAGCCGGUCUCUACCAGCGAGGCGGGGUGGGCGGGCCUAACAUCUUACAAAUCUAUGUCAGACGACUUUGCAAGUGUGAGCCACCCAAGUCCCAGGUACUGGUUACUAUGGCCUGGCGUGAUUUGCACACUUGCGGUUGCCUUUGCAGAGCUUGGUUGCCAAUGGCGUCUGUUCUGGAAUCUCACGCUCAUCUCCUCUAAAGCAGCCAGCGCCAGGCUCCUGCGAUUGCUUAUGAGGUUCAGACGGAGGUCGUCAGACAACUACGAAAUUCUUUCAGACGAAGAUACCCAAGUCACGGUCGAAAACGAAAAAGAAGAAGCGACAAAGGAAAUGGAAGAGAACGACAUUGCCACGUGGAUGUGGGCGCCCGGUGCCUGCAUACUCGUCGUCCUGGCCGUCCUGCUUACAUAUUUGCAGUUUAGCAUGCCGCUCCUUGAAUCUGUGCUCGCCCUCGUCUUGUCGUUUGGCAUGUCGCUUGUUGCCAUUCAAGCGACAGGUGCAACAGAUACAACUCCCAUCAACUCCAUAUCCAAGGUUUCACAAGCUGUUCUGAGCGGUGUGACGCAAGCAACGGGCGGAAGCAUAACUGAUGCCCAGCGCCUGAACCUGCUCGGCGCCAGCCUCACGAACAUAGGGGCCAGCCAAGGUGUUGACCUCAUAGGUGACUUCCGAGUCGGCUUUCUCCUGCGCACCCCGCCGCGCCUACAGUACGCCGCCCAACUCAUUGGGACACUGGUCGCGACGCUUGUGGCGCCGUCCGUGUUCGUCCUCUUCGCCACAGCGUACCCGUGCAUCAUCACCAACCCGUCAUCAGAAGGCGACGAGGGCACACGAGCGUGCGAGUUCCCGGGGCCCUCGAUCGCGGCUUGGCGAGCCGUCGCCGUCGCCGCCAGCGCACCGACGCCACCGGUCCCUCCCUCAAGCGCCCGCUUCUCGGCCGGCCUCGCCGUCCUAUCGGUUCUCCUGGUCAUGGUGAGGCGCUUCGUGGUCGUCGGCGUGUGGCAGGGGGGCCAGCGCUUCAUGCCUAACAUGAUGAUCUUCGCUCUGGCAUUCACGCUGCCGUCCCCGCAGACGAGCGUUUCCAUGAUGCUGGGUGCCAUUGCUGCCAAGGUGUGGAAGUGGAAGGCCCCCGUAGGUUUUGAGAGGUACUUGUUUGCUAUUGCGGCCGGGCUGGUAGCGGGUGAGGGCAUUGGGGGAACGGUCAAUUGCGUGUUGUCCAUUGUGGGCGUCGGGGGCCAGGAAUGGUCACUCGGGCUUGGGUGUCCUACGGGCCGGUGUUAG